GCCCACUUGGUUGGCUCCAUGAUUGCUUGUCCAAGCCUAGUCAGGGGUCUAUCGCACACUUGGACUUGUUUGAACUCAAGCUAAUAUCGGAUGCACAUGUUUAACGGGCCUUUGAAUUUGAACAAAAGGGAACCCUUUGCCUUCUCGCCCGGCUCUAGAAAGUCAACAAAGCACCAGCGAUAGACAACGUCCUACCUUCAGCUCUAAGCUUGGAGGUGUCAACAUCGACACCUUCCAACACAGAGUCUCACCACACCACACACUCAGUACCGGAUUCAGUUUGUCUCGCCCACAAUGACGGAUCGAAGGCCCGUCCUCACUCUCCCGCUCCCAGCUCGGGAUCCCUAUGAAUCUCAACGACCUGGGUCAUCACUUCAAAGCCCGUCAAUACGCAGCCCCCGAUUUCAUGAAGACUUCGAUGCACCCUUCUCGUUGGACAUCAUGAACGCCUCGAGAACAACUCUCGCAACCGACACCAUGAGUUUUCCUUCAACUGGCACAACUAGCCGUAACAGUUUUGGCUGUGAUGGUGACCGACCGUCACCCCUUCAACAUCGCAAUGCCUCCUGGGAAUCAGAGACCAAGCGUCGGUCAAAGGUCAAUGAUCGCAUCCUGGAGUGGGCAAAGAGAUCAUGGGGAGCUGUACGCACGCGGUCCAACUCCAAGGAUGGCCCCAAGGACGACUAUUUUGAGGGUCACUCAGCCCAGAGCCCAGCAAGCGAUAUAACGUCACCUUCAUCAGAUAACAUCACACAUUCAGAGCCCGACGGCGGCCGAACAACCCACGACAGCCAAGUUUUUGCUGCUACUAGGUUGCCAAGUUCGAAGGCAGGAUCGAAGUGAUGAUUUGAAAAGGACUUCACGUACCCUUAUCUUAAUUAUUAAUGAAGUGGGAAGGCUAGUAACGAAUAAUGUCGGCGUUAGGAGGCACUUUGUUUCUGCUCGGCUCUAUGAGAUGACCGAUUGCAAGACCAAGGGUCUUGGAUUUUAGGAUUAUCGAGGAACCAGACCUCAAUAGGAGGCAUGUCCUCAGAAUACACCACCGCCAAUGAUGAAAAGGCGUUCUUCUUCCCUUUUGGCCCACUGGAUAAUCUUGUUCGCUCCUUGUGUAAUGGUCGCUCUCGACACAUUAGGUCCAGCAACAC